CACGCGAUGCAUAUAACUGCCUCUAUGGGCGUUCUUGGAUAGUCCAAAGUCGUUGUCCCCUCGACCCGUCCGUCAGACUACUACUGCAUUUUGGUGAAGCACGUCAUGUUGACCUCUGUCCCAAUUUCGCUCCUCGUUAGCGCCGCUGUCUUCAAUGUGGCUCUCGGUGCAGCAGUAGGUCGCGUCGUUGCCCGCGAUGGGUCAAAACCCAGCCUCAGCUUUGACCCCAACACUACCGGCUGGUGCACCUGGUGGGCCGAUCUAAAUGAGCCUACGGCCUGCUCCACGCUACUUCCCGACAACAACAUCACGCUGGAACAGUUUCGGAGAUGGAAUCCAUCCGUCCCCGAGACCUGUGGGACGCUUCCAGCGGGCCACUCGUACUGCGUUGAGGCGUUCUACGAACCUGUCCCGUCGUCUACGUCGACCAUAACCACAACCACUGCCCGGAUUACCAGCAGCACAACGACUCCACCACCCACCACGACCACCUUGCCCGGAAAUGGUGUGACAACGCCAGCGCCGAUCCAGGCCGGCAUGGUUGGGAACUGCAACAAGUUCCAUUUCGUCGAGAAAGACCAGAACUGCGCAACCAUUGCCGCCCUAUAUUCCAUCUCGACGGGGCAGUUCAGCCAGUGGAAUCCCGCCGUCAAAAGCGACUGCUCCGGUCUCUGGGCGUCAACAUAUGCCUGCGUCGGCGUUCUUGGAGGCAGUCCGGCGCCGUCCACGACGCUCCCCGCCAACGGCAUUGCGACGCCGUCGCCGACGCACCCAGGCAUGAUGGUUAGCAACUGUAACAAGUUCACCAAAGUCAACCCGGGCGAUAGCUGCGACGGCAUCGCUUUCUUCAACGGGCCCAUCUCGACCGAGGACUUCGUCCUGUGGAACACAGGUGUGGGCGGACGGGAGUGCCGCACCCUACAGGCCGAUACGUACGUGUGCGUCGGCCUUAUCCCGGGAGGCACGCCAACGCAGCCAGGAAACGGCAUUGCAACGCCGGCGCCGGCGCACCCAGGCAUGGUGGGCAACUGCAACAAGUUCUACAAGGUCAACGCCGGCGAUUCGUGUGACAGCAUCGCCUUCUGGAACGGUGUGCCGGGGACGGAAUGGGUGAUCCGCUGGAAUGCCGGCGUGGGAUCCGACUGCCGGACCCUGCAGGCAAACACGUACGCCUGCAUCGGUGUCAUUGGGGGCACGCCCACGCAGCCCGGGAACGGCAUCGCCACGCCCACGCCUAUCCUGCCCGGCAUGGUGGACUACUGCAAGAAGUUCACCAAGGUCAACCCGGGAGACACCUGCGAUAUCAUCUCCUUCUUCAACGGUCCAAUCUCAACCGCUGACUUCAUCAAGUGGAACCCGGGGGUCGGAGGACAGGAGUGCCGUGGAUUGCAGGCGGGGACCUAUGUAUGUAUUGGUGUAUAAGAGGGUACGGCACUGUACCGCCAAAGAGGGUCAUCAGCCGAGGCCUACUCAGACAUUAAUCGGAGUGAUGAUCCCUGAAUGUUGUAGCCCGAGAGUGACCAAAGUGAACCGCUCUGGGUACUGGUAGAUUAUAGCUCUAAAGCUAGGUGGGACUCCGUCGGCAUGUCAAUUGAUUACCACCUUAUUGGACAAGAGUACAGUACAACCUAAGGUACGUGAAGUAUCCG